UGUGUUUGUGUUUGUGUGUGUGUGGACGUGUGUGAGUGCAUGUUUGCAUACGUGCAUGCGUGUGUGUGUGUGUGUGUGUGUGUGUGUGUGUGUGUGUGUGUGUGUGUGUACGUACUUGUAUUAUGUCUAAUGGUUGUGUACAUUCUUCAAUUUCUUUGAUUAAGAAUGUGUUAAUUAACUAGGUUGUCUUUGGUUUGCCUGGAAGUGGCAAAAGAAUUGCAUUGAGGCAACUUUUGCAAAAACACAAUCGAUGGAAUCAAAUAAUUCACUUGAAUGGCAGUAGCAGCUGUGCGUGGCAAAUUUCCUGUUCUUUUGUGUGUGAACGCUUUGGUAUCAAUUCCAAUCGACUUAGAAGUCAUGAGAAAAUUCCAGAGCUUAUGCAGCAGCUUAAGCAAUCAAUGCAAACGCUGUUUGUUUGCAUGAAUGUAAAUGAGUCCUGUCUGUUGCAGUUGAAGUCUCUGCUUACAGUUCUAAAUAGUCACAAUGUAAAUGCUGAUGUUCUUGUAAGCACACGAUUUAAUGCUGUUCAAAUGGAACUAGCUAAAGAAAGUCAUUAUGCUCUGUUUACACUGCAUCACCUACUUCCACCUGAAAUCGAAUGUCUAUUUUCUGGCUCAAAGUUAAUGCAGGCAGCAAGCAGUUCUAGCACAUCAAAGUACCAUCGUUAUAUAACCUGCAUGUUAAGUCAUGCAGCUACAGCUCGACUUACACAAUGCUACUGUAGUCAGACUAAAACAGACUUAAAUUCUUUGCUGCCAAAACUUCAGUGUGUGUGGGACAAACUUGAGGCGGAGAUGAAAGAGUGCGAGGAUACAAGCACAAAUAAAGGGAUUGUUGAAUCUAUCGACUAUCGUCUUGGUUUACAAUCUAUUUUGCAUCUUAUUCUGGAUAAAGUAUCCAAUAACAGUAAACUUGUGCUAGAGCUGGCAUGUGUUACAGGGACUGUGUGUGGCUUAUCUGCUAAAAUUCUUGCUGCAGCAGUGCAGCCCUUUUUUACAGCAACAGAAACAGAUAUUUUGGAGAGUGUGACAAAAUUAAGCUCAUUUGGUAUAAUUGAGAUAGAAAGAUGGGAAGAGAAUAUUCCUGUUGUGUUUGUUCCUCAAACACUUCAGGAGAUUGUUGUGUCAAUACUGAAGUCUCAAAUGCUGUCAACAUUUUCGCAAAUCAUUUUGCACAUGGCUAAUGCGUUAUCAGAUAAACUGCCUGUCGACAAGGCUUCUUUGUAUACUUACACAGAUUUAGUAUUAUUUCCACAUGCAGUGGCUGUGACACACCAUUGCAUAUCUGUUAAUUCCAACUCGGUGGCAUCUCCCAGUCUUCUGAAUCUUUUGAUGUUCACUCGAGAUUUAUAUUUGUCAAUGGACAUGCCAUGUGAAGCAAGAAAGUGCAGCGAGGCCCUGCUGAUGAGACAACGUUUGCUUCCUGACAACAUGUUUGCCAUACAAUGA